UGAUUUUAAUACAACUAAUCUUUGGCGUCAUGUAGAAGUUCAUCAUCCAGAAAAAGAUCCAAGGCCUAAUAAAAGAGCAAAAAAAAAUUCAGAAGGUCAAAGUACAUUAAAUGAAUUGUAG